GCCGGAGCGCUUGGAGGAGGAGGAGGAGGAGGAGGAGGAGGAGGAGGAGGAGGAGGAGAAGUUGCUGCGGCUGGCAGCAAGAUGAAGAGGCGGCGCCACCGUUGGGGCGCCGCGAGGGCCCCCUACCCCCGGUUUAGGCAGUGGAUGAGAGAGAAGACUUCGCCUGUGAAACAGCAAGCAGAACAAUGUGGAAGGUCUUCUGGCUUAGUCGUUGUUCCCGUAUGUGUGAGCGGUGUGAAAUGUGAAACUACGAGAAAUGUGACCAGCUACAACUUCGGUACUGCCGCAUCCAAUGGUCUGUCCUCAGGAAUGAGUAGUGGAGGCGGCGAAAUGAGAAGGGAAAGAGGAUUACACUAUUUAUCCAGAUGUGUACAAGAACAGUGGAUGAGAGAGAAGACUUCGCCUGUGAAACAGCAAGCAGAACAAUGUGGAAGCUACAGAAAUGUGAGCGGUGUGAAAUGUGAAACUACGAGAAAUGUGACCAGCUACAACCUUCGGUACUGCCGCAUCCAAUGGUCUGUCCUCAGGAAUGAGUAGUGGAGGCGGCAAAUGAGAAGGGAAAGAGGAUUACACUAUUUAUCCAGAUGUGUACAAGAACAGCAGGGAAUAAUUAGCAGAGUGACAGAAACGGUGAAAAGUAUUGUACCGGCGUGGCUGCAGAAGUAUUUCAAUAAGCGUGAGAAUGAGUGUGCAGCUGCAAAUAAAUCUGCAAACCAGGCGGCGACUCCAGUAAACCAGCAUCAUAAUUACGCAGAUGGAGGUACCCUAAAUGAUGGGAGAUACAUGCCUGAACGAGCGACACUUAAUAGACAAGAACCAUCCACAAGUAGCUCAGCACUGAACUACCCAGUUGCCUUAACAAGGCCCGCUCUUCAUCGGAGCCAUUUGAAUUAUACCAUGUCGGAUUCUUCUGUCCCACCUUCUCAGCCCUCCACAUCUUCAAUAUUUGGCAUUGGCAGUCCUGGACUCUCUUUCAUAAAAGAAAUCAAAGAUUCUACCUCUCAACAAGACGAUGACAACAUGUCAACAACCAGUGGCUUCUCCUCUAGAGCAUCUGACAAAGAUGUUGGAGUUCUAAAAAAUACUUCUUCAUCACUGCUCUGGACCACAGAAGCUGAUAGAACUCAUUCCCUCUCGCAGCAUUCUGCAGCUAGCUCUAAGAAACCUGCAUUCAGUUUAUCUGCUUUUGGAGGAAUUUGUGCUGCACGCGGAAGCACAUCUGACUGUAAGAAAAACCAGCCUGGGUAUUCUCCAUUUUACCCUGGAAAGACGGCCUAUGGUGGUGCAGCUGGAAAAUCAAAGCCGUCGAUGAUAGAACCUUAUCGGGUACAAAUGAGAAGGAGAGUUAGGCAAGAAAAAGUGCAGUCCCACGCUACCUUAAGUACCGCAGCACGGUGCAUCUUGGAGGCAAUGGAGAAGCUGUCAAGCCCUUUGAUGGAUGCUAAAAAAAUGCCACCUCUUUUGCCGCUGAGUUCUCCUCCAGACAUAGAUGAACUGAAUAUUCCUGACCUUCAGCCCAAACGAAGAAAGCUGGACUCCCAGAAUGAGUCCCAGCAUCCACCUGUAAAGAGACUUGUGAAACCAAGGUUAAACCUUCAUUCAAUGCGUCGGGUCCAGUAUUCUAAACCAGCAAAGACUUCAACUCCUGAUUCCAGCAAAAUUUGCAACAGAGUAGACACAAAGUACCAAUGGAUGAGAGAGAAGACUUCGCCUGUGAAACAGCAAGCAGAACAAUGUGGAAGCUACAGAAAUGUGAGCGGUGUGAAAUGUGAAACUACGAGAAAUGUGACCAGCUACAACUUCGGUACUGCCGCAUCCAAUGGUCUGUCCUCAGGAAUGAGUAGUGGAGGCGGCAAAAUGAGAAGGGAAAGAGGAUUACACUAUUUAUCCAGAUCUGUACAAGAACAGGAAGUGGAGGAACCAGUGCUACCGAAAAUCCCCCUACCCAUCGGUACUGCGUCGCUGCCUCAGUUCAAUUUUAGUUUUGUUGGUAGUAGUGCUGUCUGGGCGUCACCAAGCGCUGUUUCAACAGCUGCAACGAGCAUGGCAACUCCAGCAGCUGCGACGGGCAUGGCAAUUCCAGCAGCAGCAAAGCGCGUUGCCACUCCAGAGGCAGCAACGGGCAUUGCAACGCCUGCUGCAGCGCUGGGCAUGGCAACGCCGGCAGCAGCGACGGGAAGAGCGAAUCCAGCAGAAGCAAAAGGCAUGGGAAGCCCUGCAGAAGGAGCUGGCCUGGAUAAUCGAGCGGCGAAAACAGGAAUUUCAAGAAGAGUGGAAGCGACAGGCACGGGCCAUGGAGAAGCAGCGGGAGAUAUGGGAAGUCGCAAAGCAGAUGCAGUUGCAGGAAAUGCAGCAGCAGCAGCAGGCGAGGGAAACCCGGCAGUAGCGCCGGGGGUGGGAAAUCCAGCUGCAGCGCCGGGGGCGGGCAAUCCAUCAGCAGCGGAGGCGAACAUGACAUAUCUAGAGGAGGAAGAGGAGGAGGAGGAGGAGGUAGAACAAAUGACAUACUCAGUGGCAGGGGGGAGCGUGACAUAUCCAGCGGUGUCGGUGGGCGUGACAUACCCAGCAGUGGCGACGGGCAUACCUUAUCUAACACUGGCAAAGAGCAAGACAGAUUCAGCGGCGACGACUACGACGAGCAUGACAAAUUCAAUGGCGGCGGGAGACGUGGCAAUCACGGCGGCGGGCCAGCGAGGAGGUUGGGUAUGCACAAGAGGCUGGGAGGGGACCCAGCCAGGACAACCGACCCCAGAGGACCAAGGGGAUAUUCCACACCAUUUAGCAUCAUUCCCAGCAAUAAAUGGUGGGGGAAAGAAGGGGAAGGAGCUGGGGAUACAGCCAACAAGUAAUGCUAGCAGUCCUGCAUUUGCAUUUUCAUCUCCAAUUGUGAAGUCUACGGAGGCAGAAGUGCUAUCUACAUUUCCUCAGAUUGGGUUUACAUUUAGUGUUCCCGUUGUAAAAUCAUCAGAGCUUUCUGGAUCCGGUGAUACGCCCGUGACGUCCUUUCUUACCCUAGAAACUAGCUCAUCCGCAUCCACCAACAAUGAGCAAGAGGACAAACAAGGUUUUGUUGCUGUUCCCUUCAGAGUUCCCUUUAAAUAUGGACGAGGAUUAAAGGAAGGAAGCGUCUUAGACGUUCUAAAAAACCCUGACUUUGGAUUUUUGAAAACACACUCUUCUACAUCUGCACAACCUACAACAAGCACAGUGAUUUAUACUAGGCCUGCAAUAACAACUUUUUCUGCAGGUAAAGAGACUUCUAAACAAGCAUCAUACUGGCAAUCUGAUACAUGUGACCCUUUUCUGCAAAACAAAGACAUAGACAACAAAUGUGUAACUUGUCAAGCGACUAAAGCAUCGACAGUCGAGACUACGAAACAGACAAUAAGUUCAAGCCAAUGUGACACCUCAAAGCCAACAGCGCCCCCAGCAGAGAUGCUGGGCUUUGGAGACAAAUUCAAAACAGUAGCUGGAACGUGGGAUUGUGAUACCUGUCUUGUCCAAAACAAACCGGAAGCGACAAAAUGUAUAGCAUGUGAGACGCCAAAACCUGGAACGGGAGUAAUGCCUGCUCUGACAUUACCAGUGGUGACAGACAGCUCAGUGACAGUGACAUCCUCCUCGAGCAGCACUGACACGACACUCACUCUGGACUUUGGAGACAAAUUUAAGAAGCCGAAAGGCUCUUGGGACUGUGCAAUAUGUCUUGUAUCAAAUAAGGCAGAAGAUAACAAAUGUGUAGCUUGUCAGUCUGAGAAACCAGAGGGUCUAACACCUGUGACCAGUAGCAGUGCAUCGACAUUUUCUGCUCCUUCUGGAGAAUUUCUGGAUUUAGACAAAUUUAAGAAGCCUGAAGGAAGCUGGGAUUGUGAGACCUGCUUGGUUCGAAACAAAGCAGAGGCCACAAAGUGUGUAGCCUGUGAAAGUGCAAAGCCAGGCACCAAAGCAGAUCUCAAAGGUUUUGGUACUGCUACUGUGUCCACAAAUGCUGCCUUACCAUCGUUUACAUUUGGUGUUCAGUCAUCAUCAUCCUCUGAGUCUUCUCAUACGUUAGAUAGCACGGGAAGUUUCAAAUUUGGAGAACAAGGGGGCUUCAAGUUUGGCAUUGCCUCUGAAUCUGCAUCCUCCAACAAUGUGGUUGGGGGAUUUAAGUUUCCUAGUACACCAGGGGACUUCAAAUUUGGAGUUUCAUCCUCGCUAUCUAAAUCAGAAGAGAGUAAAAAAGAAGGAAAAAGUAACAGUUUUACCUUUGGCCUUCCAUCUACAAGUAGUCAGGCUCCUUCAACAUUUCGGUUUGGGGCCGCGAGCCUGGGACAGCAGGAAAAGAAAGAGGAACCAGUAUUGGGAGGUUUUGCUUUUGGUACAAGUUCUGCUACUGCCAUGGCUGCCAACGAGAAUAAAACUGGAGUCAGUGGCUUCACUUUUGGAACUACUGGAGACCAGGAGGUUGUAUCAGCUUCUUUUGCAUUUAAGAAGCCAGAUGAGAAGAAGGACGAAGCUCCUUCAACAAAAGGAGGCUUCUCCUUUGGCAGUGCAGAGUCUGCAGCUGCCUCACAGUUUAUUUUGGGAAGGACAGAAGAGAAGCAGGAUUCUGUCACUUCUGCUGCUCCAUUAGCGUUUGGAAAGAAAGCUGACGCUGAAGAGUCAAAGGCACAGCCUAUCUUUUCAGUUGGGAAGUCCGAGCAUACAAAAGAAGAGAGCACAGCAAAACCUAUAUUCAACUUCAGUUUCGUUAAACCAUCAGAGAAGGAACCUGAGCAAGCAAAGCCAGCUUUUUCAUUUGGGGUCCAAACCAGUACUUCAGAUCAAGGAGCAGCAAAACCAUCCUUCAGCUUUUUGAGCUCUGCUUCCUCCAGCGCAGCCAUACCCACCACUUCAGCCAACAGCAGCAGCGUGUUUGGCAGCGUCACCUCUUCCUCCAACCCUGCACCGGUCCCUGCACCUUUUGUGUUUGGACAAGCCAGCAACACUGUGAGCAGCUCCACAUUUGGCAACUCUGCAGAAUCUACGACAUCUCAGUCCUUUGGCUUCUCCCAAGAAAACAAACCAGCAACCACAUCUUCCAGCACUGGUGUAGCCGUUGCUCCGUUUGUCUUCGGUUCAGGAGCCAGCAGUAGCAAUGCAAACCCUGGAUUUACCUUUGGAGCCACAACCACAUCAAGUUCAACAGGGUUGUCCUCUUCGUUUGUGUUUGGCUCUGGGUCUUCAGCACCUGCUGCUGGCCCAGCAUUUGGUGCCAGUCAGCCACCAGCAUUUGGCCAGAGCCAGGGGUCCAGCCAGCCAAACACUCCGAGUUUUGGAUCGCUGUCGACAACAUUGUUUUCAGCGGGCUCUCAGCCUGCUCCUCCUGCCUUCGGCUCUGUGACGAGCAGUACUCAGCCCCCUGUGUUCGGACAGCAGGCGAGCCAACAGCCAGGUUUUGGCUCUGGUACCUCCAGCGCUGGUCCUGUGUUCCAGUUUGGAAGUAACACUUCUAAUUUCAAUUUUCCAAAUAACCCGGGAGUCUUUACUUUUGGUGCAAAUCCUACUGCACCAACAGCAUCGGCACAGCCUUCUGGCUCUUCGGGAUUUUCAUUCAGCCAACCUCCGGCAUUUACAGUGGGGACUAAUGGAAAAAAUAUUUUCUCUGCAUCUGGAUCUUCGGUUUCUGGUCGGAAGAUAAAGACUGCAUUUAGACGUAGAAAAUAACCGGCUGAUACGUAAAGCAACUUUCAAAGCAGCUGCUACCCUGCAUUGUUCAAUUGUUGGGAUCAUACCUCAUGCUGGGAUAGCUGAAGUCAGAUCUGCUUCAAGGACUGUAAAACUCUGCUGCCCCCUCCUACCCUCCCUCAUUUAGUUCUUUUUUAAUGAGUAGAGUUGGCAACAGAGCCCUUCUCAAGCGAAACUAUUCUAGAAUCCGGCAAGUUAUCUCUUUCACGGACUCGGCAUGGUCCGGCUAUAGACAUGAGUAUAGCCUGCACAGCGAAUGGCUUGUACAAUACCUCUUCAUCUGCACCACUAUGUGCGCUCAUCCGCGUUUACUGACGCCUCCAAAUUGUAAUUAUAUUAGUGAGGGAUUCUGUAUAGAGUAGAGAAUGUUUUAAUGAAUGAUUUCUAUGCUGAGUUUGUGCUGGUGUAUGUGUGAAGUGAGUGAGUUUGGGUGUAUAGUGCACUAAAAUUUUCUGAUAGAGAAAGACUGAAAUAAGAAUGAUUCAUGCUAAGGACUUGUUAGAUCUGUAGUUCUCCAUUUAAUAACUAUAUAUGCUAUUUCUAUAUUUUCAUUCUUACAGCCCUUUACCACGUCUCACCUUUGUUAUUUUAUUAUUGAAACGUGUAAAUAAGUUUUGUUUCUCUAUGUACUUUUUUGGCAUAACAAAUCUGUGAAAUUGAAAUUUUAAUUUUGUGUGUUAAGGCCAUUUUUGUUUAGUAUUGUCUCAGAUUUUAUGUAAAUCCCAUUAUUCAAAGUUGCCUAAAUCCAUUUAGAAAAUCUUUAAAAUUGGGAAUUCUUAAAGUAAGUUUAUUGGCUUUUCUGAUCCAUUUUUGUUUGGACCAAAAACCAGUAUUGUACAAAGUAUUAAGUAUAUAUUUUUAUAUUUACUGAAAUGGACUGUGGUGACUUUGGAUAAUAAGGAAAAGUUUAAUAUUAAAGCCAUGUUUAUUACAGUAUAAUUAACAUGUUAAUUCAUGGGAUAAAUGCCAUCAAUAAAAACUAUAAAAUAUU